AUGUCUAUCCCAAUUAUCCCUGUCUACAUUGCUAAUUUGAUUAUUCGUUCAAGGAUCGUUCAGUACUUGAACCGCGUGACUUACAUGUCACAUCAAACAAAGUCAUUGCACAGAUCACUCUUGAAGGUACUUUCUUAUCAAGCAAGCUUUCCCUUGCUCAAUCUACUCGCUUUUAUUGCGGGCUUUUUGAGCACUAUAAAUAUCACCAAUCAUACGCUUAUCGAGUUUGCACCUAAUUUUAUGCUUUUAUGCAUUUCCAUCCUCACUCCCCUUAUCUCCUUGUUUUAUGUAAGACCUUAUUUUGAAUGGAUCCUGUUACGAAUCCCAACUCGUAACAGGGUCCAUUCAAAAUAA